CGGGCGACCCGGAAGUGUUCCCAUUUUGCGUCGUCGGGGCUCGGCGGCGGCCGGGCUCGGGGCGGACAGACCACCAUGGGAUCGUCAAAGAAGCACCGCGGGGAAAAGGAGGCGGCAGGAACCACAGCAGCGGCCAGCACUGGGGGCGCUACCGAACAGCCGCCGAGGCACCGGGAGCACAAAAAACACAAGCAUCGGAGCGGCGGCGGCGGCGGCAGCGGCGGCGAACGACGGAAGCGAAGCCGAGAGCGUGGGAGCGAGCGCGGGAGCGGGCGGCGCGGGGCCGAAACCGAGGCCCGCAGCAGCACGCACGGGCGGGAGCGCAGCCAGACAGAGCCGUCCGAGCGGCGCGUGAAACGGGAGAAGCGGGAUGAUGGCUACGAGGCCGCCGCCAGCUCCAAAACGAGCUCAGGCGAUGCCUCGUCACUCAGCAUCGAGGAGACCAAUAAACUCCGGGCAAAGUUGGGGCUGAAACCCUUGGAGGUCAAUGCCGUCAAGAAGGAGGCGGGCACCAAGGAGGAGCCCGUGACCGCCGAUGUCAUCAACCCCAUGGCCUUGCGACAGCGCGAGGAGCUACGAGAGAAGCUGGCGGCUGCCAAAGAAAAGCGUAUCCUGAACCAAAAACUGGGGAAGAUUAAGACCCUGGGGGAGGACGAUCCCUGGCUGGAUGACACCGCGGCCUGGAUUGAGAGGAGCCGGCAGCUUCAAAAGGAGAAGGACUUGGCAGAGAAGAGGGCCAAGCUGCUGGAGGAGAUGGACCAGGAGUUUGGUGUCAGCACCCUGGUGGAGGAGGAGUUCGAGCAGAGGCGGCAGGACCUGUACAGUGCCCGGGACCUGCAGGGCCUCACCGUGGAGCAUGCCAUCGACUCCUUCCGCGAGGGGGAGACGGUGAUCCUCACCCUCAAGGACAAAGGAGUGCUGCAGGAGGAGGAGGAUGUGCUGGUGAAUGUGAACCUGCUGGACAAGGAGCGGGCAGAGAAAAACGUGGAGCUGCGCAAGAAAAAGCCCGACUACCUGCCGUACGUGGAGGACGAGAGCGUGGACGACUUGGCCCAGCAUAAACCUCGCUCUAUCCUGUCCAAGUACGAUGAGGAACUUGAAGGCGAGCGGCCGCAGUCCUUCCGACUGGAGCAGGGCGGUGUGGCUGACGGCCUCCGGGAGCGCGAGCUAGAGGAGAUCCGUGCCAAGCUGCGGCUGCAGGCCCAGUCUCUGAGCACAGUCGGACCCCGGCUUGCCUCCGAGUACCUCACGCCAGAGGAGAUGGUGACCUUUAAAAAGACCAAGCGGAGGGUAAAGAAGAUCCGCAAGAAGGAGAAGGAGGUGAUCAUGCGGGCCGAUGACCUGCUGCCGCUUGGGGACCAGACUCAGGAUGGGGACUUCGGUUCCAGACUGCGGGGCCGGGGGCGGCGCCGGGUGCCUGAGGUGGACGAGGAGCCCCAGGAGGAGGGGGAGAAGGAGCCUGUGCCUCAGCUUCCACCGUCAGAUGACACCCGCGUGGAGAACAUGGACAUCAGUGAUGAGGAGGAGGGCGCCGCGCCGCGCUCUGGGUCCCCAGAGGUGCUGGAGGAGGACGAGGCUGAGCUGGAGCUGCAGAAGCAGCUGGAGAAGGGGCGCCGCCUGCGGCAGCUGCAACAGCUACGGGACAGCGGCGAGAAGGUGGUGGAGAUUGUCAAAAGGCUGGAGUCUCGGCAGCGGGGCUGGGAGGAGGAGGACCCGGAGCGGAAGGGGGCCAUCGUGUUCAACGCCACGUCCGAGUUCUGCCGCACUCUAGGGGAGAUCCCCACCUACGGGCUGGCCGGCAACCGGGAGGACCAGGAAGAGCUCAUGGACUUUGAACGGGACGAGGAGCGCUCGGCCAAUGGCGGCUCUGAGUCCGACGGGGAGGAGAACAUGGGCUGGAGCACCGUCAACCUGGACGAGGAGAAGCAGCAGCAAGAUUUCUCUGCCUCCUCCACCACCAUCCUGGACGAGGAGCCCAUCGUGAAUAGAGGGCUGGCGGCCGCCCUGCUCCUGUGUCAGAACAAAGGGCUGCUGGAGACAACGGUGCAGAAGGUGGCCCGGGUGAAGGCGCCCAACAAGUCCCUGCCGUCGGCCGUGUACUGCAUCGAGGACAAGAUGGCCAUCGAUGAUAAGUACAGCCGGCGGGAGGAGUACCGCGGCUUCACCCAGGACUUCAAGGAGAAAGACGGCUACAAACCUGAUGUGAAGAUCGAGUAUGUGGACGAGACGGGCCGGAAGCUCACACCCAAGGAGGCUUUCCGGCAGCUGUCCCACCGCUUCCACGGGAAGGGCUCUGGCAAAAUGAAGACAGAGCGGCGGAUGAAGAAGCUGGACGAGGAGGCGCUCCUGAAGAAGAUGAGCUCCAGUGACACACCCCUGGGCACCGUGGCUCUGCUCCAGGAGAAGCAGAAGGCCCAGAAGACCCCGUACAUCGUGCUCAGCGGCAGCGGCAAGAGCAUGAACGCGAACACCAUCACCAAGUGAAGCCGGCCUCCCUUCUGAUCCCUUCCCCGACUUUAAUAUUAAAUAAAGCUCCCUCCUUAUUUUUUCCCCCGGUCCUGGUGCAGGUUCCAGGGUCAGACCUGGGAAGAGGGCAGGCGGUGCCAGACGGAGCAUUGGCGACACUGCCCUCCGGCUCCGUCAUCACCUGUGUGACCUCAGGCAGUCACUGAACCUCUCUGGGCUUUAGUUCUGCCGUUUGUUUGACCAAAACACCUUUGCUUCAUAGGAUGGCUUGUGAUGAUUAAGUGAGCUCAUUUCAUUCACUUACCUGGAAUGUGGAGGUGAGCAAGGCCCCUCAAGAGGUGGCUUAGGGUCUGACUUCUGCCAGGUGAGACCUGGUCGUAGGUGACACAGAUAACAGAGAUGCAGGCAGAGAACUGGCCUGGCUCCUCUCAGGCAGUUCUCCAGCCCACGCUAGGCCCAGCCAGCCAAAGGGAAGCCAGCUGGUUUGCUUUCUCACCCUCGCCUCCCCCAGCCGCUCCCGGCAUGGUCGCAUCGGUCCUGGCUGUGGCUGUUAAAUGCCACGCCUUAUCCUCUGCAACGCUGGCUUCUGGGUAAGAAGUGGGAUGUGUUUUAGAGGCUCAGUCACUCUGGUCUCUCCCAGUCUCCAGUGCUACAAGAAUCGAUCUGUUCACAGCCAGGAUGGGCGCAGCUGGGUCUGGGGGCAUUACAGGCUCCUGUAGUCUAUGUGGAGAGUGAGAGGCCCGGUUCCUCAGAGCACCCACCUCCUGGGAGCCUUGUCCCCUUAGCAGGGCAGGUGAGAUUCCUCGGCGUGAACUCCGUGAGGGACAGUAAGAGCCUGAAUCAAGGGAAAGGUGACUUCUGGUCACCUGGUGAUUCCCAUGGGAGUCACAGAAAACCAGCAUCCCACCACCCCUACCUCCACCUGAACGCGUGGCCAUCCGAUGGUUCACAGAUUUUUUUUUUUUAAUGAAAAGAAAAAAGUGGAUUAAAAUAACCUUAGAAAAUGUAAGAAAAGAACAGAAAAAUGUAAACAAGGGACAAAAUAUAGUUGCCUUAACCUGU